UUUCAUAAGAGAGAGAGAAGUGGAGAGAAAGAACGAGAGCAGUGCUGUGAAAAGCAGGUGUGAUUCAUGAAUAAACUAUAGUUUGCAACCCUAUGGGAUACUGAUGAAACAAAUAGAAUUUUCCCAGACAUGGAUAAUACAAGGACACAAGACACUUUUUCACAGUUAAGCCAGGAAAAAAUCCUCAAAAUUAUGAACAUGGUGAAAAAUAAAGAAGUGAGCAUUGAAGGAGCUUUGCACUUGGCACAGAAAGAGGUAUAUGCUGAAAAGGAUCCACAGGAUUUGCUAACUGGCUCACAAUUUAACUUCAGUAUCUACAAAUAUAAACACUAUCGGUGGCAGAAACGAAUUUUGCAGAUUGAUUUCAACACAAAGACCAUUUUUAACAUUGAAAAAGGAAUUAUUAAGAAACAGUUCCCCUUCUCACAAGUCAAAGCCUGUGAAGAUACUGAAAGGAGGCGCUUCAGCAUUGUGUUUCAUGGGCGACAAGAUUAUGAGCUGGAAGCAGUGUCUCUUGAGGAUAAAAGGAAGAUAAUGUACCUUCUGAGCAGAGUUAUACAGAGCAAUUCGUACAAGAGACCAGCAGAGUCCUGCUCUGGAAGACCUGUGGAAGAUGAUGUGAUACAUGAAGGACUGUUGGAUCUGCAGCAAAAUACUUUUACAUCCACUGAAUGGGUCAAGUACUUGGUACAACUACGUGAAGGAGAAUUGGCUUUGUAUUGCAUAGGUCUGGGAGGAAAGAACAAGACUGCAGACCCUGUAACAAACACAAUUAAUUUGUCAGAUGGUAAUGUGAGUGUCAGCAAGGAGAAUGGAUGCAGUACUUUUUCAGUUCAGACCAAAGGACACAAUUAUUUGUUUCGAAUACCCUUUACUGUCCAAAGGAACAGGACAGAGGAUGUUAGCAAGCUCCAGAACGAAUGGGUGUCUCUCAUAGAAAGGUAUUGUCAGCUGUGCAAGGGUGCCUCACUGCCUCAGGAGGGAUCUCAAGGAUGUACCUCCUCCGAAGCAGAUUAUGAGGAUGUUACCGUACCUCUGAAUGAACAGAAAGAGGAGGCCCUACACUUUGGUGUGAGUGCUGCAACAACCAGUCUGAACAAGUCUUCAGACCCCCAGCCUGCAGAGGAGGAAGCGGCCCCAGCAUCACCAUCUCUUCCACUUCCCAGAAGUAAGGCAGAGGUACCGCCAGCCCCACCUGCGUUACCGCAGCCCUGCAGCCUCUCUCCAUCGACAAAGAGAACCAAAGCCUUUCACUGGGAUGUUGUUCCUUGUGAUAAGAUUCAGAAAUCUAUCUGGGGAUCAUGUGACCCAUGCAAGAAAAAAAUAGAUGUAUCCAGACUCUGCAAUCAGUUCCAGAUCCAGGACACGGCAGUAUUUUCGGGCAACGAACCUUCAGUGAAUCAGCACAUCAUGUUAGAUCAAAAAGUUGCACAUAACUUCAACAUUUUUCUUAAAAGUUUUCGUAUAAAACCAAGCGAGCUGAAAGAAAAACUGUACAUUAUACAUGAAGAGAGUGGUGGACUUACAGAUGAGCAGAUUACAACACUAAGAAGAUACAUGCCAACACCAAAAGAUGCAGAAAGGUAUCAGUCAUUCAAGGGGUCUCCUUCAGAGCUGCAUGUGGUUGAUCAGUUUAUGUUAGAGAUGUGUAAAAUCCCUCACUUAAGCCAGAGGUUGGAUCUCCUGCUUACUGUUCGUGAGCUCCCUGUGAGCAUGAGAGAUUUGGAGCCUCUAAUAAACCAGAAAAUCCAAGCGAGUAAGCAGCUGCAAUCCAGCCAGAAGUUUGUUGCUGUCUUGGAGUACAUUUUAGCCAUUGGGAACCAUUUAAAUGAAAAGGCUGGAAAGGACAAGGCUAAAGGAUUUCGACUGUCAUCUUUGACCAAAUUGCCUCUGUUGCGGGGAAAGGAGAGGACGUUCACCUUGCUUCAUGCCCUUGUGGAACAGAUCUUCUUACAUGAGCCUGAUUUGGCUAAAUUUUCUCAGGAGUUGACAGAAUUUGAAGCUGUUCCUGAUGCUUCCAUGAAGGGCCUCAGUGCUGAAGUUGAUGUUUUAAAAAAAGAAUUGGAAAAUGUUAUUCAGUGCAGGCGGCUUAUUAAACCCAAGACAAUCAAAGCAACGCCCCAGGAGUCACAGUUCUGCAGGGAACUAAAGGAUUUAAUUCAGAAAUAUGAAGGGGAUCUAUCCCAGCUGUCAAAAAGAUGUGAUGAAAUGAAGAAGCUUUAUACCAACAUACUGGUAAAAUUUGGGGAGCCGCAAGACCUAGACUCUCAGGAAUUAUUUGGAUGGAUAUCUUCAUUCAUUAGUGAGUUUAGGAAGGCCUGUGCUGAAGUCAUGCCAUAAGGACAACACAAAUCUUAUAACGAGGUGUGACCACUGCUGAACAUCUAGGUAUGUAGAGAAAGGUCCAGUAAAGAGCCCGGGCACCCACCAGCUAGCUGCUGCUAUACCUACAUUCUUAGUGCUGGUCACCAGGAAUACAGAGACACUUGGACUCUGUCUGGAAAGCAGAGUUAAAAGAAGCCAAAGAUUUUUUUUCUUUUCUUGGCCUCAGUACUUCAAAGGGCAUCGCAGGCUGCAGUUCCUGGGAGCUUAUAGCUUCUAAUGUGCCAUGACUGGCAGCACACCCCCAUGUGAAAAGGCAGAAAAGCGUUCCUGAGGCUAAUGUGCCCAUCACCAAAGGCAAGGGCUUCAUUUCACAACAACCUCAAUAAGUCCACUGAGGAAAGGGGAUGCAGCUGAACCCCUGCCCUCCACGGGUGCUCCUGCUUGGAAGCCAAAUCUGCUCCCAAGGGCAGGUACGCACAUCUUCUGUUUCAAAGAAGUGGGCAGGGAUCGUAACUGCUCUUUUACAAUGAUAGUUGUCACCUCUAUUUUGAGGACUCAAAUCCUUACAGUCCUCCUCUUAAAGGCAUGCUCUGGUCAAAAGGUGUGCUGAGCAGGCAGCAUCUCAUUCCUGGCCAGCGAGCAAUAGCUCAGGGAAAUGUCUUCAACAGGAGGCAUCAGGUGUUAAGCAAAGAUGAAGAGCAAAGGAGCAACUUCUCUUCCAGCUUCAUGUGAAGCAAACCUGGCACCAGCUGUGACUGCCAAUGGGCUUCGUAGCUUAACUUCUCUGCCUUAAAUCCACCCCUCAUCUUAGAGGAUGUCUAAAAAGAUCUUUGAGGAAGAGGCUCAACAGACUAUGUAUUUUAUAUGCUUAAUAUAAUCUUCCAGGCACCUACCUAUCAUACAUAGAAACUGUCUCGCGUCAGGUAGAGGAUGCCUGAACUACAGCUCUGCAUUGAAGCAGCAGAAAAGUACCCAGUGGGUCCCCUCAGCUUUGUACCGCCCGUGUUGCUGCCAUCCAUAAGCUCUUGCAUGUCUGCACUAACAAAGUGCAUCUUUUUGGCUUCUCAACAGUCUUGUCAGGACUAUGCUUCCAGUUCGGAACAUGCAGCCAUGUUUCCCAGAGGAAAAAGGAAUAAUAAUAAUAAUAAAAAAAAAAGCAGCAAAAUUAGUACCCCUGAUACUUAUUUUACAGAAAAUUAUUUACAGAAGCAAAUAAAGGGAUUUAAUUUUGCAGAAAACAUAUUGGCUAUAUUUACAUCAAGUCAGCAUCAGAGCAGUGAUAUUUGCUUGACACUGAAGUCAGUAGCAUCCGUCUAUCAGGAGCUACAGCUUUAUGUUGCUCAUUUCUGAUUGAAAGAGGAAAAUUAAAUUCCUUUUUGAUUUCUUGCAUGUCUAUACCACAAUACCCUAUGCAGUGCAUGUACAUGCACUGAAAACAACACUUGCAGAUUUUGAUGUGUAUUGUUACUGCUCCAGAAUCUGAACCAUCUUCAUUUAUAUGUGAAUCAUGUAAGAUAAUCCUGCAUACAAGUGCCAUUUCCAUGGUAUCAAGAUCCCUGCAUCCCUGAACAGCAUUCGUGAUGGUCAUGAUAAGUUUCAUGUUUUUCUACCAUUAUCUCAGCUCAGGAGUCCUGGGAAGUAUUUUUUAACUAAAUAAUUUUCUCUCUCUUUUUUUUUUUUCCAUGACUCACUUUUUCCCCUAGUCUUUUUCCUCUAUUAUUAUAUCUAACAGCUUGUACUUGUUUUAUAGCUCAGCUGGCAUGGCCUCUUCCAAUUAAAAAUAUAUUCUACACAGUAGUCGAUAUCUGUGUCUUUGUGUGAAUAUCCUGGAGCAUUAAUUUAAAAAAUUAAUGUCCAAAUACCUUCUUGGCAAGAAAUUCUAGCCCCUUCAGAGAGCACAAAGCUUUCCUAUGGAGCGGGAGCUUACUGAGGAGACAUGUUUCAAUUUUCUCAAACAAGCUAUUUCUUCAGUGACUGUGAG